GCUGAACCAAGGUCGAAUCGGAAGAAACAGCGGCAGUCCGGCAAGUGUGGAAGGAAUGUCGACGGUCACCAACGCCGGUUUCACUAACCAGGAGGAGGACAAGAAGCCCCUCGAUCAGUCUGGCGUGCAAAUCAACCUCAAAGUCAAGGGCCAGGAUGGAAACGAAGUAUUUUUCAAGAUCAAGAGAAGCACACAGCUGAAGAAGCUGAUGAAUGCUUACUGUGUCAGACAAUCUGUGGAUUUGAACUCUAUUGCAUUCUUGUUUGAUGGUCGCCGUCUUAGAGGAGAGCAGACUCCUGAUGAGCUGGAGAUGGAGGAUGGGGAUGAAAUUGAUGCAAUGUUGCACCAGACUGGAGGUGUUAUUGCAUAACAAU